GGAGGGUCUCUCUGGUCGGAGCAUAUUGCUUGGUCUUUGGGGGCGAGGCGGAGAAGCGGGGCUGGCUGGAAGGCCGGCGAGAGCUGCGUGCGGUGGCAGCAGAGCCCAGCCGGUGCGGAGGGGGAGAAAGCGGCUCCAGUUUCACCCUCCCCAGCGAGGAGGGCUGGAGAAGGCGAAGGAGGAGCGACCGCCUCAACGCAGCAGCAACUGGCUGCUCGCACAUGCAGCGGCUCUCACGCCGCCUCCAGCCGGGACCUCCUGCCGCUGCCGGGAACAGAGCUCUGUCCGUGCCCGCCGCGGGUUCCCCCGCGUUGGCUCCAUGGGGCAGCGCUUAGCGCUGAGCCGCCCUCUCCCCGUCGGGGGCGCCGCCGUCUAGUUUCUGCGCUGCGCCUGCUGCAGCCCUUCUGCCGCCCAGAGGCUGGCUGUCGUCUCCUGCGCGGGGCGUUGGAUGAGUCGCGAGGCAAGUGCAGGCGGCGCCGUGCUCCGCUGCCCGCCCCGGGGACUGCCCUCGGCCCUUUCCAGAGCAGUCGACGCGGGCCCCACGAUGCUGCUCCUGUUGUGGCCCUUUUCACAUCUGAGUUCAAGAAGAAUUGCUGGCUGAGGGAGAUGUGACUGCUGCAAAGGAAGACAUGGCCAAUAUGAAGGGUGGCAUUCUGGUGGCAACACUGGUCACAGGUCUGGGGAUGUUAUGCUUGGGCACAAUGACAAUGGAGGACCCACAGUGUCAACGGGCUGAGCACCCAAUAAUUUCAAGUGAAGAAAUUGCUCCCUGGUUACAUGUAUUCAGAGCAGAAGAUGCUGUGGACUUCUCUCAGAUGACAUUUGACCCAAGACAAAAGGAACUGAUUGUUGGAGCAAGAAACUACCUCUUCAGGUUACGUCAGGAGGACCUUUCCCUAAUCCAGGAUGUAAAGUGGCAUUGUGAUGAAGCUACUAAAAAGGCUUGUUACAGUAAAGGGAAAUCAAAGGAAGAAUGCCAGAAUUAUAUUCGUGUUCUCCUCAUUGGUGGGAACAGGCUUUUUGCAUGUGGAACAAAUGCUUUCACGCCCAUCUGCACUAAUCGGACGUUAAAUAACCUGGAAGAGACCCAUGAUCAAAUCAGUGGCAUGGCCCGCUGUCCAUACAGCCACCAGCACAACUCCACAGCUCUCCUCACAAGUACUGGGGAGUUAUAUGCAGCGACAGUCAUGGACUUUCCCGGAAGAGAUCCUGCCAUUUAUCGCAGCUUGGGGGUGCUUCCUCCUCUCCGGACUGCACAGUACAACUCUAAGUGGCUCAAUGAACCAAAUUUUGUGUCAUCGUAUGACACUGGAAAUUUCAUCUAUUACUUCUUCCGAGAGAAUGCUGUGGAACAUGACUGUGGGAAGAUAGUUUUUUCGCGAGCUGCACGAGUCUGUAAGAAUGACAUUGGAGGCAGGUUUUUGCUGGAGGAUACCUGGACCACCUUCAUGAAAGCUCGUUUGAACUGCUCCCGCCCUGGGGAAAUUCCAUUUUACUACAAUGAAUUACAGAGUACGUUCUUCCUGCCAGAACUGGACUUAAUCUACGGGAUCUUUACCACUAAUGUGAAUAGCAUAGCAGUUUCGGCUGUUUGUGUAUUCAACAUGACGGCAAUAACUCAAGUCUUCAAUGGGCCGUUCAAGUACCAGGAGAACUCUCGCUCAGCCUGGCUGCCUUAUCCCAACCCUAACCCAAAUUUUCAGUGUGGCACCAUGGACCAAGGUCUCUAUUUGAAUCUGACACAGAGGAAUCUCCAAGAUGCCCAGAAAUUUAUCCUGAUGCAUGAAGUAAUUCAGCCAGUCACACCAGUUCCUUACUUCAUGGAGGACAAUAGCCGUUUUUCUCAUGUGGUAGUGGAUGUGGUACAAGGCAAAGACAUGCUGUUCCAUAUCAUCUAUUUGGCCACAGACCAUGGCACCAUUAAGAAAGUACUUGCUCCAGUUAAUUCAACCUCGGGCAGCUGCUUGCUGGAGGAGAUUGAGAUCUUCCCAAAGCAGCAGUGGGAGCCCAUCAGGAGUCUGCAGAUUUUACACAGUCAGAGUGCCCUGUAUGUGGGUCUUCAGGGAAGUGUGGUGAAGAUCCCACUGAAGAGAUGCCUGUUUUACAAAACACAAAGUGCAUGUGUUGGAUCCCAGGAUCCUUACUGUGGUUGGGACUUGGUGCUAAAGAAAUGCACGCCACUGGAAGAAAGCCUGAGCAUGAGUCAGUGGGAGCAAAGCAUCUCUGAGUGUCCAACAAGAAAUUUGACUGUGGACGGCCAUUUUGGAACCUGGUCGGAUUGGAAAACUUGCACACAUGUGGAUGGCUCCAGUGUAGGCAUCUGCCUCUGCAGAAUACGCUCAUGUGACAACCCGGUUCCUCAGUGUGGAGGUCGGCAGUGUGAAGGGCCAAGUAUGGAGAUUGUCAACUGCUCCAGAAAUGGAGGCUGGACUCCCUGGACAACUUGGUCUCCUUGCAGCACUUCCUGUGGAAUAGGCUUUCAAGUCCGCCAACGUUCCUGCAGUAACCCAAGCCCCCGGCACGGGGGCCGUGUAUGUGUGGGACAGAAUCGUGAAGAAAGGUAUUGCAAUGAACAUUUGAUGUGUUCCCCACACACAUUCUGGACUGGCUGGGGUGCAUGGGAACGUUGCACAGCCCAAUGUGGGGGAGGGAUUCAGGCCCGCCACAGAGCCUGUGAGAAUGGCCCUGACUGUCCUGGCUGCAAUGUGGAGUAUCAAGCUUGCAACACCAGCCCCUGUCCAGAGCUGAAAAAGACAACUCCUUGGACUCCAUGGACUCCAGUCAACAUCUCUGACAAUGGUGGGCACUAUGAGCAACGAUUUCGAUACACUUGCAAGGCACGGCUGCCUGAUGCAAAUUUAUUAGAUGUGGGAAGGCAAAGGAUUGAAAUGCGUUACUGUUCUAGUGAUGGUACCACUGGAUGCUCAACAGAUGGCGACUUCAUGCAUUCUGGACGUUACUCUGCGCAUACGAUUAAUGGUGCUUGGUCUCCCUGGUCGCCCUGGUCUCAGUGUAGCCGUGACUGCAGUAGAGGUAUUAGGAACCGCAAACGUAUCUGCAACAACCCAGAGCCCAAGUAUGGGGGGUUGCCCUGCCUGGGGCCAUCUCUGGAAUACCAAGAAUGCAAUGUUCUCCCAUGCCCAGUUGAUGGAGUUUGGUCUUGUUGGUCGUCAUGGUCUAAGUGUUCUGCCACUUGUGGAAGUGGGCAUUAUAUGAGGACUCGCUCGUGCACAAAUCCUGCACCAGCUUAUGGAGGGGAUAUCUGUCUGGGACUCCACACUGAAGAGGCACUCUGCAAUACACAACAAUGCCCAGAUAGCUGGUCGGACUGGUCACAGUGGUCUGGCUGCGAUUCAUCCGGAGUCCAGUUCCGCACCCGCCAGUGCAAUGUUUUAUUUCCUGUUGGUCACCAGUGUUCUGGAAAUACAACUGAGACUCAACCUUGUGCUCCGGAUUCCAAUUUCAUACCAGACAUAACUGUAGCAAGAAGCAGCAGCAUCAAAGAAAAACGAUGUGGUGAGUUUAAUAUGUUCCACAUGACUGCCGUGGGGCUGAGCAGCUCCAUUCUCGGGUGCCUUCUGACUCUUCUGGUUUACACUUAUUGCCAACGAUAUCAGCAGCAGUCCCACGAUGCAACUGUCAUCCAUCCAGUGUCUCCUGUUCCUCUUAAUACCAACAUCACUAACCAUAUCAACAAGCUAGACAAGUUUGAUUCUGUAGAAGCUAUUAAGGCUUUUAACAAAAACAAUCUGAUUCUGGAAGAACAAAACAAGUACUUUAAUCCACAUCUCACUGCAAAGGCAUAUUCCAAUGCUUAUUUUACAGAUCUGAAUCAUUAUGAUGAGUAUUAAAAGGACCCUUAUAUAAUUGUUGUGUGUCUCCAAGGCCUAAAAUCCUCAAAGCAUACUCCAAGCUGUUAGUGUCAUGCUGCUGCCAACUUAAAAAAACAAAAACAAAAAACCAAGACUGACCUGUAUUAAGAGGUUCCCUCUCCCAAAUUUUGUACAAUGUUUUGUACUACAUAAUCUCAUUAGGACAUAUAGACAAGAUGCGGGUAUCUUGUGUAGGUCAGUACAUCCUAUUUUCAGCUUCUCAAAAGUGUUUGAGAAUGGCUAGAUACAUCCUGCCGUCUCAUUUUGCUUAAGAGAAAACCUUUCUACGAAUGGCAACACUGCCAAAACAAAAAACCCACCACCCUUAAGACUGUCAAGUGAAGAUGAGAUUGUCAGCAGGCCCCAAGCAUUCCAGCAUCCAUACCAAGGCUUGUGCCAUUUCUGUGCUGGAUAUUUGGAGCUGAAGUUGUUUUGGACCCUGAAAAAACUGUUAGGUGGCAAGACUCCAUGCAAGGGGAGAUGGUUGUACAAAAAGUCCUAAGAGAUGGGACAAAUCAAGAAACACAUCCUGCUAUGUCUUCUCUGCAUCUGCUGUAACAGGAGAGCCUAUGAAAAGCAGGGAAGAAUACGUUGAAUAAUUCCUCCUUAUGGAUUUCUGUACCAAGGAUGGACUUUUGCAUAAGUGGCCUUUUUGCUACCUAAAUGGUUUGAUACAACAUUCAAACUCAAGAUCACACAGUUGGGCCAUAGCGACUUGCAGAACCAAUUAAUUCUCUUGCCCUGCAUUUCUGAGGAGCAGAUGAAAAAGCACAAAUGCUUUAAUUUUAAUGGCUUUUUUAAUUCAAGGGAAAAGAUGGCAUAAAGUGUAUUAAACAAAGCAUUACUGUAAAAGUUUUGAUACAGUGAGUGAACUUUGUCAUCUUUCCUGGGUUAUGUAAAUACUGCAAGUGCUUAGCUGCAUAUAAAGCUGUUUUUUCUCCUGCUGGUACAACACAAACUGGAAAGGACGAAAAUAUCAGGCCUCAAACCUUGUUCUAAUUUGCUAUUGUCACUCAUUUUUAUCUAUUUUUGCUUUAAAAAAAAAAAAUCUAACUAUCUUGUUGCAAUGAACCUGAGAAUUGAUCUUGCAAGUGUACUGGUUUCAGAUGUAUAGUAUUCCCCAAGCCAACCAACCAAGUUACAUCUGUUCAAUAGGAAGGGGGGGAAAGAAAAAAAAUUCAGAGAUGUAUUCUCCUUGGAUGGAUGCAUGUACUGCAUGCUUUAACCUUGGGCUUAGUGCACCCAGGCGGCUUCCGCUCACCCCUGUACUCCAAGUACAGGAGUGUGGAACUUAGUGCCUUGGACCAAUGGCCUCCCUUAUGCCUGCAAUCCCAUGCUUGCAUUCAACAGCAAAGAGCUGCAUGGCGCUGAAUGAACAAAGCACACAGCUCACUGUUAAUGGCCCUUUCCCUCAAAAUGAGACUGACUAACUUUUGGCAUGUACUCGGGAUUGUAUUCAGGGCUUGGAGGAAGUGGGAAAGCUCAGAGGAGGCUUAAAAAAACACCACACCUGUUUGGCAUAUUGCAUUCCCCUCCUCCAUUUAUUGUACUGGGAAGUGAGACGAUGUCACUAUGCUAAGAGGAAACCAUAGUCUGGACUCUUUCUGAAAGAUGGAGAACCUUUAUGGAAUGUGUUCUCAACAGUACAUAGAUACUGGGAUUUAGAUUAUUAGGGAAACUGUGUGUGGCUCCACAGGGUGGCAGUCAUGCACAACACAACUUGGGCAUCCAUCAGAUGAUUUAAAAUGUAGGGCGUCCCCCCCCCCACCCUUGAAAUAGAAAAUAUCCCUCACAGUUCCACAGAAUGCCUGAAAGUUUCUGCUAUCCUUAUGCUUGGAAUUAGGGAUGCGCGAAACGUUUUAGGUACAGAACGAUCUGUACCCGAAACUGCCUGUUUUGGGUGAUUCGUUGCCGAAACGAAUCACCCUCUUGCCCUCCCGAAAUGUUUUGGAGCUGAAACAAAUCACCCCCGUUUUGGCCCUCCAUUUUGUGGCCAAUAAAGUGCUUCUUCUUCCUCCUCCAUUUUGAGUUCUGAUGAUGUCUACUUGAAUUUCCCACCUUUUUGCCUCCCAUUGACUUCAAUGCAAAAAAGUCAAUGCUGAUUUUUGGUGAUUUGUUGAAGUUUAUGCAUCCCCAAGGUUUUUCUCCAUAGGGAAGCAGAGUGAGUGGUGGUGUUGUGCACAUAAUGUGCCAACCACCCCCAUGGGUUUCUAACAGAUGGGGUACAGGGUUCUGUUGUUUCUGAGGUGUUCUGAGUGUAGAUUCUCUGGUAGCAAAUGAAAUUUUCAAUACAAACCUUGAAUCCACUCUCAUUUGCUACCAGAGAAUCUACACUCAGAACACCUCAGAAACAACAGAACCCUGUAUCCCAUGGGUUAGAAACGGGCCCUGGGCCCGUUUUCUAGAUCCGAAUUGAUUCGGAUUAAUUCAAACUCAAAAACAAAUCAGGGGUGUUUUGAUUCGGAUCUGAAUUGAAACACUGAAAAUGCAAAUUGCACAUUGAAAAUUGCACAUUGAAAAAUUUUUCCCUACUUAGAAUAACCCUUCAAAACCUACCGGCUUGAUCUUCAGUUUUCAGUACUGCAAUUUUGUAUCUACAUUUUGCAGCCUCCCUCUCCCCAAAGGAUAAAUGUGUUUUCUUCAUGCAAAACUCCUGACCCUAUAUCUCUGGGUCUAGCCUAGUUACUUUGCCGCUUUCAUUUGCUGGUUGUGGCUGACCCAACAUCAGGGGUCAGCAUGAUUGAGCAUCCAAGAAGGGGCAAGGACCCCCAGAACCUUCCUGAAAAUUUGUGGUGAGUGGGCCAUAAAACUUGGAGGCAGCUGUGGGUGCAUUCCUCCCUCCUAUCUGCCCUCUCUCAAAGUUCAAUAUUUAGGCAGGCCUAGGGCAGAUGUAGGGCUUCCCACUGUCCCCAUCACCUAAAUGUCUUAGGCUUUUCAGAUCCAUGAGUGGAUCACACCUUGUUUGGUCAAACAACAAUUCUCUCCCUUGUCUAUUGUCUAAAUACAAGACUAGAAACAAAUUCUUCUUACAUGCAAGCCAAAGUUUCCUAUCUCAUGAUUCCUAGCAUACCAGAACCUUAAAAAGCAGACCCCAGGGUUUUUCUAAACUCUGUUAAGGACCAUUUCAGACCAUUUUAAGGGCCAGAUUUAAAAAUGUGCAUGAUGGAGAGUGUUAGAAACCAGAGUUAGGAACAUUUUUGGAAUACAAUACAGUACAGAACAGCACUGCAAGUUUUGCCUCCAGCACAGAGUUACUGAGGCUAUUCACACACAUGUGCAAAACCAGCGGCACCACGGCGGCAAACCCACCUAUGAAGCCUCCCUUUAAAGUGAGGUGAAGGGAGAGAGCGCUUCCUUAACCUCAUGUUCCAGAUUGUUUGUCAGCUGCGGCCAGCAGACUCAGGAAGGGGAGGGAGGAGCCCCACAAUAUGGUGCAUUAUUGGAGCUCCGGGGGGCAAUAAUGUGCCCUGGCACCCUGACCCUCGGCAACAGGCAGUGCUCAUCUAGACAGGCAACCACCCACUCAGGGAAGGUGGACUGAUAGUCUGCGGGGAGGUGAGCGCUUUAGGGCUUCCUCGCCGCAAACCUUGGAGCCCUUUCUCGCUGCUUGUGAGAAAGGGCUCACUCUGUAGUAUCAUAAAAGCAUUUCCCCACCUCCCUUCAGUUCUCCCUUUAUAAACUAAAAACAGUGAUCUGCCUUACCAGUUGGCUGGAAUGCAAAGAUUUAGAAUAGUAUAUAAAAAAAACUAGUAAGAGUCACACUCCAAGUCGCACUCUCAAAUCUAGAAUCAGGUCACAGUAUGUACAGCCUCACCUGUUUGCCCAGGACAGGGUUAAAUACUGAACAGCUAAGAAGUGAUUAUUUGCAGUUGCAUUACCUAUUGAUAGCCCUUCCCCUAGCUAUGGCAAAUGGAACUUAAGCAAGAGUUAGAAACUAGCUCUUUCCCCUCUGCAAACACACAGCACCACCUACUGACACAGGUGACCUCUGCAGCUCAGCUGCGAUGAAUUCGUGCAUUCAUGCUGCAGUAUAAAGGUAGGGACAUUGUGUUUCUCUCCUGGUCACCACACUCAAUUAUAUACAGUUGUCAAGGGCAACUAGGUGCUGAAAGUUUAAACCCUAAUCUGUAAGUAUAGUCAUAUUGUGGAGGACUCUCUUCUCUGCAAUGAAUGAAAUAAACCGAAGCUGUUUUAACAUUUAACAAGCACCCCUCCACUGAAACCUCACCAGGCUGUAAAUUUAUAUACAACCAAGGUAACAAGACAUGGGUUUAUCAGAGUAUUCUCAAAGAUAAUUUAAGCCCUUCUAAAAUACAAACGUCUUACAGCUCUGCUCCAAAGCACCAUGAAUACUCUAGUAGCUGCUUCUGGCCCACAGGGGGUAGUGUGCAGAUCCAGAUAUUCUAAGUUAGCAUGGAAAAGAACACACAAAACUCACUUGCACUUCUGCUCCCCACCCCCCAUAUUUAGGAGUCUGAAGACAUCUGAGGAAGUGCCUCUGACAGUCAUAAAAAGCCUGGUUCCUGGAGCAGGGCCGAAAGAAUAAUUACAACAAUUCCCAUAACACUUAUCUAAGCCUACUGGACUCAAGAACAGACAGUGAUGAGCAUACCCACUGCUAAAGUGGGGAGGAUGGUCUAGGAUCUAUUAGAGGCUGGAAGACAGUCUAGCAGAAGCAAGGUUUGGCCUCGAUAGGUCAGAGCUGGUUGAAUUUCAGGAUGUCUGUGGCUGCUUUACAAAAUGACACUGCCUUUGUGGGCUGUUGUGCCCCAUCACCAACUUGUACAUUUGUAAAUAAACAGAUUAUUAACAAAUA